CUUACUCACAUGUUCACAACACAGUGGAGAGUAAAGUGCUCAUCGGGACCAGUUUUCCUACCAGGUGUGUUCACUUUUGUGUUAUUUUUCAAAACCUUUGGCCUGUUUACCUGCUAAUCAGUGGACGCCGGUUUUGAGCUCUUUCAAAAUCAACCAUCUCACCCUUCAUCCCUUAAGGACAGCUCCUCCUCCUUCUCUCCGUCAGCCAUGAGUGACAGUGACGACGACGUCCCUGCGCUGUCGGCUCACACUCUGGCCGCCCUGCAGGAGUUCUACAACGAGACCAGCACCGGUCCAGCACCAUCAGACCAGUUUGCUGUGGGAGCACUGGAGGAGGACUGGCGGAUGAGCCAGUUCUGGUACAGUGACGAGACGGCAACUCAGUUAGCUGAGGAAGUCAUACGUGAAGCUGGAGAGGGAGGCAGGAUAGCAUGUGUGAGCGCGCCCAGUGUGUACCAGAAGUUGAAGCAGGGCGUGGUGGACGGCUCGGAUCGGGUGUCUGCCAUCGUCUUGGAGUACGAUCGCCGAUUCGCCGCCUACGGUGACGACUUUGUCUUCUACGACUACAACGAGCCGCUGUCUCUUGGGGCCAACUUGCCUACUCAGAGCUUCGACAUCGUCCUCGCCGACCCGCCGUAUCUGUCAGAGGAGUGUCUGAGCAAAGUGGCUGAAACAGUCAAGUACCUGAGCAAAGGAAAAGUGCUGCUGUGCACAGGAGCCAUCAUGGAGAAACUCGCCAAAGACCUUCUGGAUUUAAAAAUGUGCAGCUUCCUGCCAAAACACAACAGAAACUUGUCUAAUGAGUUCCGCUGUUAUGUCAACUAUCCGUCUCGCCUGCUGUCCUGCUGAGGAGCCGAACCCCCGUCAGACAGACAGCUCAGGGAGGACGUUUCCCAGCACAGUGCUUUAAAACAGUGGUACUGUUUUCUUGUACUGUUGAGGAAUGAAAAGAUGUUUGAAGACCUGCAGCAAAAGUGGAAAUUUUCUGUGUUGAUUUUAGUUAAGACCUAAGAAAUUACAAGGGGGGGGGGAAGAGUCUGAAGACUCAAAGAAAGCUUGUAUUUGGCAACUGGAUUUCUUCAAAAAUCAUUGACAAUAAUUUUAAUGUAACGCCAAAUAUUUAGUGGUUUCAGCUCCAACGUGAUGUUUUGCUGCGUAAAUUCAAUACAUUUUGGGUCCUGGACAAAACAAGCACUUUGAAGAUGUCACCUUUGGCUCUAGGAAAUUGUGAUGGACAUGUUUCACCAUUUUCUAGACCUUUUAAUGAUCUAUUGAUUAGUUUACAUCAGUCAAUUAAAAGGUAAACUACACAUGGAGCACUAAUCAGCCUGUAAACAGAUGUAUAAUGUCCUGUCACUCUUGAGGUACCUGUCAACACCGGAAGAUUUUUUUUUUUUAACAAAAAGCAAGUAUUUUACUAACUCAGCGUAGCUCCAACAAAAAGAUAAUUGGGUUGCAUUAUGGGAAAUGUAGGAUCCAGCAUUUUGGGAGAAAGACAAGGGACUACAAGUUAGGAUAUCUUGGCCUCAUCUGCUUUCAUUUUGAUCAUUCUUUUUCUUUUUAAAAUCUGUCUCUUUCGAGUCCACCUUUAUGUAAGAACAACACUAAAUUGAGAAGUGCCCCUUAAGUGAUUAGCAGCAAAGCAGGGGGUUAGGGUUGAUCUUUCUCUCCUCCCACCCAGGAUAUAAAUUAGCAUCACAGUUCAGGAGCAAAGACAUGAAAUUGAACUUUAAUGGGAGUCUGUAACCUAUGGACAGCUCCUCUACCAGACACCUGGAGUGGUGAACAGUUCAGCUAGAGAAUAAACAGCUUCUUACAUGAUUCAUUUGAUUCUUCAGAGGAUGCAGAGAGGCACAAACUGUUCGGUAUUUAACCAAAAAAAAGCAGGAAGAAUAAAUAACAAAAAGGAAAGAUAGUAUUUUUUGUAAUGGGUGGGUUUAUUUUCUUCUCCCCUUAUAAUAAUCUGAUGAUCACAACGGCUGACAUACUGCUGUUAAACCAAUUGAUAUCUGGAAUUUUGAACCAGUUCCAGUUUCCUGAAAAUACAAAAGGACACUGGGAAAUGUGCUAAAAUCUUAGUUGUACAAUUGCUGGGAGAGGUGAGCUAACUCUGCAGACUGAUGUCCAGAAAUGUCAAAGAACUGCAGUCAUCUGGAAUAGUUGUUGUUUUGAUGACAAGUUGUUAUUAAAGUGUGUCGGAAUAACAAUGAAUGUAAUGACCAGAGCAAAGAUGCAGUUGGGGUUUUUUUACAUCUGUAGGUGGCAGCAUUGAUCAGGUCACUGAUGAUAAUGAGUUUUAUUUAUUUAUUUUUUUCUUCCCCCCCAUUGGUCAAUAUUUGUUUGCUUCACUUUUUAAAGGGUUGGUCCACCUAAAUUACAAACAAGUACAUUAUCAUUCAUUUUUAGUGGUUACUAUCUAUGCUGAUAGUAACUGUCAGAUGGAUUUUUCAAAACCUGUGCAAAUAAAACCCAAACUAUCUGCAUGGCUA